AUGGCGGUAUCUGCCUUGACUCGUGAACGUUCGUCGUUAGCGUGUGUCGGAGAUUUUCGUUUUCGGAUUUUGCGUCAUUUCUUGAAGAGAAGUAUCUGCGUACGCCGCGUUGACUCGACAUGGUUUCCUUAAAUCCAGUGCGGAUCCUCAAAAAUGAGGCGGAAGAAGAGAAGGCGGAGAUUGCUAGGUUGAGCUCGGUUGUUGGGGCUAUAGCCAUUGGGGACUUGGUGAAAUCUACCCUCGGUCCUAAGGGUAUGGAUAAGAUACUCGUAUCUCAGGGCAGGUCCUCGGGACAGGUACAUGUCACUAAUGACGGUGCUACUAUCCUUAAAAGCAUUGGCGUUGAUAAUCCCGCUGCCAAGAUUUUGGUAGAUAUGUCCCGUGUCCAAGAUGACGAAGUGGGCGAUGGUACUACUUCAGUCACCGUUCUCGCUGCCGAGUUUUUGCGAGAAGCUGAAAAGCUAAUCGAAAAUCAAAAGAUACAUCCACAAACUAUCAUUAGUGGUUGGAGGAAUGCUGUAAAUGUAGCGACUGAGGCUUUAAAAAAUGCAGCCACGGACAAUUCUGCAGAUCCCGAUCGUUUUCGGGAGGAUUUACUAAAUAUUGCGCGCACAACGUUGAGUUCUAAGAUUUUAUCCCAGCACAAGGAAUACUUCAGCAAGCUCGCGGUCGACGCAGUGUUGCGUCUUAAAGGCUCCGGUAAUUUGUCCGCGAUUCAAGUUAUCAAAAAACGCGGCGCAACACUCGCCGAUUCCUUUUUGGACGAGGGAUUCUUAUUAGAUAAGAAACCAGGUGUCAACCAACCACAAAAAGUAUUUGACGCGCGUAUACUUAUCGCUAAUACAUCUAUGGAUACGGAUAAAAUCAAGGUAUUUGGUUCCAGAGUACGUGUAGAUUCAAUGGCAAAGAUAGCAGAAUUAGAAACUGCAGAGAAAGAAAAGAUGAAGGAUAAAGUUGACAAAAUUGUCAAGCAUGGAUGCAACGUCUUUAUCAAUAGGCAAUUGAUAUACAAUUAUCCAGAACAAUUGUUCGCCGAUGAGAAAAUUAUGGCUAUCGAACAUGCCGAUUUCGACGGUAUCGAGAGACUUGCGCUUGUUACUGGUGGCGAAAUUGUUAGUACUUUCGACAAUCCGGAUUUAGUCAAGUUGGGAAAAUGCGAUCUUAUCGAACAGAUAAUGAUAGGAGAAGAUACACUCCUAAGAUUCUCUGGAGUUCCGUUGGGUGAAGCGUGCACUGUCGUUAUUCGUGGCGCAACGCAGCAGAUCAUCGAUGAAGCUGAAAGAUCGCUGCACGACGCGCUCUGCGUUUUAGCCGGUACGGUACGCGAGUCGAGAAUAGUUUACGGUGGUGGAUGCAGCGAAAUGAUCAUGGCUUGCGCUGUUAUGCGAGCGGCCGCGGCUACGCCGGGUAAAGAGGCGGUUGCGAUGGAAGCCUUCGCACGAGCAUUGCAGCAAUUGCCGACCAUUAUCGCCGACAAUGCUGGCUACGACUCUGCGCAAUUGGUCAGCGAAUUAAGAGCUGCGCAUAAUUCCGUCGGCAACACUAUGGGAUUGGAUAUGGAAAUGGGCAAAGUUGGCUGUAUGAAGCGGCUAGGAAUCACCGAAUCUUGGAUGGUGAAGAGGCAGGUUCUAGUGAGUGCGGCUGAAGCAGCGGAAAUGAUACUUCGAGUGGAUAAUAUUUUGCGUGCGGCUCCUAGAAAACGCGUACAAGAUAGAGGACGUUGUUAAUUCAUUAAAAAAAAAAGAAAUUUACUUUCGCUUCGAUUUCACAAUUACUUGCAGUUUUUCAUACAUAAUAUGCGGCCUCUUAAAUUAACAUGUUUAAUUAAUAAUUAAAUAUUUCAUUGUGUUAGUCUCUCAUCGACGAUAAUGCAUUUGAUAAUAUUAAUGUACUAAUUGUAGCAAGGAGAAUAUACUCCAUUUUUUGAACAUGUCA